AUGAAAAAAGUGGUAAAAAACAUCCUCGCAAGAAAAAACCAUCAAGACCAACCGAAAACGUUUACACAGGACGGAUACCUAGUGAUGGAAAGCAAAUCUCUGCAUAACUUAUCCAGUGCAGAACUAUGCGAAAUUAUUUAUAAAUUUGAUUCUGAAGUCAAACGACUAAAUCAGCAGCUGCAAAUUCCUCAGCAGGAAAAAUCUUCUAGUGAAAACGAAAUUAUCGCAAACCAAAGGAUAGAAGCUUUGCAAAAUGAGCUUAGAGCUAUGAGGAAAGAGCUGGAAAAUUCACAAAACGAAGCGAAAAAGCUAUCGGAAGAACUGUCAGGGAAAGACAGUCAAGGGCUGAAUUUUUCCGAGCAAUUAGAAUUUAUACAGUUUGAUACUCUGCAGAUGCCUAAUCCGUGCUGCUCGAAUAAAGACCAGGAAAUAGAAAAAUUAAACGAAGAAAUCAGAUCUUUGAAAGAAUCUAUAGAAACAAUCAAAACCAACCCACAGAUGCAGGAAUUAAAAAUCACAAUAAAUAUGAUGGAAAAAGAAAUUGGAAACCAAAAAAAUCAAAUUCAAAGCUUAAGUUCUGCUAAUAAAGGAUUCUUAGAAAAGCUGCAGAUAUUGAAUAAGCAAAAACAAGCAGCAGAAAUGGAAGCAAAUAAAGGCAAAAUUGAGAUCGAAUCGUUAAAGAAAGAAUUAAAUGCAAUGAAUUUUCAAAAAGAAGAUUUGGUGAAAGAAUUAAGAAAUUGCAAAAGCAAUUGUGCAGGAAAGGAAGAUAAACUUCAAAAAAAAUGCAAAAAAAUUAAAGAGAUUAAAGAGAAGCUUCUUGUGAAAACUAAUGAGUGUACAAAACUUGAAAGUGAAUUAAACAAUGAAAUGUAUCAAAAUAAAAAUAAUUUGUUUGCAAUUAAAGAAAAUUUUCAGAAAGAUCUUGAAAAAUUAAAUAUUGAGAAAGAAAACCAGAACAAAGAAUACCAAGAAGCAAUAAAACAACUGGAACUUUCUACAGAGAAUGAAAUAAAAAUAGUAAAAGAAAAAAUUAUCGAAAAAUCCAAAGAAAAUGAUAACCAAAAGUUAAAGAUUUCAGAGCUAGAAAAAUUAAUUGAAAAUCAAAAUACUAAAAUUUCUUCUCUUGAAGCUGAUGAAAAAUUACUCAAAGAAAAGAAUUUAAAAAAUAAAACAAAAAAAUCUGCUCUUAAAGCUCAAAUUUCUUCUCUCAAAGACGAAAUUCAGCGCGAGAAAAAUCGCUCUUUAACCCAUCCUGAACCACAAUUCACAUUAAACCUUAUAAAUAUUUCUCCCAAAGAUGCCCAAGCUUUGCAAAGCGUUUCCUUUGAGCUCGACUCUCUCUAUAAGCACCUGAUGAUAAUGAUGAUGAAUGGAUCUUCAUCGCUGUCUUCAAAUCCCGUAAAUUACUCCAUCCCAUGCCAAGAUUUCACUGCUUUUGAAGCCAAACUUAAUAAUUUACUAAUGCAAAUUCGUGAAGCUUUAGAUUCUCACCCUGAAGAACCUCAAAGCUCAUCUUGAGCCUCUAACUCCCCCCUCCGUGAGUGAACAAAACCAUUGGAAAAAUCCCUAUUUUUUGCCCAAAAACCCACCCUCGUGUGAGUGAACAAAAAUUUUUUUUUAAUAGAAAAAAUUUUUGUGAAAAAAAAUUGAAAAUAUAAGUGAUAAUUAGUAUAAUGAAAUCUCGAGCUAAUUCUGUUUAAUUUUAAACAAAUUGCUUUUUAAAAAUAAAUUUUAUAAAUUAAAUUAAUAUUUGCUUCCCAAUUUUUGCAAAUUAGAAUUUUUUUAAAAUUUCAAAAAAAAAUUUUUUCUAUAAAAUGUAUAUAUAUAUAAACUUUUUAAAAAUAAAAUUAACCCCUCCUCCGUGAGUGAACAAAAUUUUUUUGUUCACUCACGGAGGGGGGGAGUAAGCUAAAAUCAUCUCUGAGAGCGAACUUAAAUUUUAAACAAAACAGCCCUGUAAAAGUCCUCACGUGUUUUUCUCCGAAAGAGGAAACUAAAGUCUCUACUAUAGCAAGGCCAAUAGCCCCAAAAAAAAUAAUUAAUAAACAAGGUGGAGGGAGAACGCCUGAUCCUACGAGGGUUAGAAAUGAUAAUAAUGCACAUGAGAGAAGAAAUAGUAGCAGUAGCCUUUAA